AUGGCCGACAACUUCGAACGACACAGGUCUACGCGUUGGGUCAAGGCCGACGUUCCUUCAUACGGUGACAAUUGGGGAGAUGAUUAUGAUAAUUACGAUAACUACGAACAAGAUAUAGCUGAGGAGCCCAAGGAGGAGGCGACUACUACGCCCAACUUGGUGCUUUCAAUAGAUAACCACCGCCGUUAUGGCUAUGAUGAUGACGAUUCCGAGCAAGCCUACAGUCAGCCGCCGCUGGCCAUUUCAGAACCCAAAGAUGGCGCUUUUGGUCGUGAUUUGCUGGAUAGCAGCGAUGAGGAAGUGUCAUACAUUCCAGAGAGCCCAGACAGGGCUGCCCCUGAACUACCAGAGAAGGACUCUCCUGAGGCCACAGCUAAACAUAGACCUGCGCCUUUGGAUACUUCAGGUCUGGCACAAGAGGACUUCGUACCUCCAACUCCAACAUUCUCCCAAACGACUUUCUCCCAGCAGCCAGAAACUCCAGUGUCCGACAGGAGCUUCAUUUCAGACGCCGAUUCCAUCCAGAGAGAGCCAGAAUCACUUAAUGUGGCUGGUCGCAAUGAUGAGAGCUUGAACGAAAUCAAAGAAGAUCCCCAGCUAGAAAAUGCCGCAGAGAAGCCACUGGAGUUGGUGCUCUCUGUUGACAAGUUGAACUUACACGACAAUUCCUCCGAUGACUCAGAUUCGCUUCAUUUUGACAACGAAAGAAGCACUGAAAAGGCGACCACCAGCACUUUAGCUUUGCCUCAAGAUGAAGAGACCCCUGCAUCGCCUCGUGAAGAGCAUGUCGAUUCGCCAUUACAUGUCAACCUGCCAGAGCUUCCAAGCGAGAGACGUCCCAUCAAGACAGACGCCUUAGACUCGCUCAUCAACGACCUUCUGAAGAUGGAGAGGCUGUCUACGUAUAAGGAAUCUGCUAAGAAAGAUCUUCCGCCACCACCUCCCGGAAAGGACGAGGAUGAGGGCGAGGCCAAUUUGCCUUCUCUAAGCUCUAUUCGUGACAUGUCGCUCCCUAAUUUCGAGGAUCAAUCAUUCAGCGGUCUGAGCCCAGAAACCUCCCACGUUCUCGAUGAAUUGACACAAGAGCUGCAAGAGGAGGUACAGAAAGCCCAUGAGCUGUACGUUUCGAAUCUUCUGGCUCACACUCGCUCUGUGAAGAAGGCUCCUCCCCGCUCUCCUAAUCCUGAGGUGAAGACAACUGAGCCCGAGGAGGCUCGUGAAGCGCCUUCCACACCGAAGCAACAGGCGCAAAGCGAGCUGGGCGACGACUACGACCCAAGCAACCCGCUCCAUAUUGGUGCAAUUCCAGUGCUCUCACCAGAAUCCAUUUCGACAAAGCACCUUUCCGCUGAUUUCUCCAAUAUGCCUCUUCAACCGCCACAGCCUCCAAGGGGUCCUCUCGCUGAUGUUCUGCGCAGAGAUUCUACAAUGACGACGUCAACUUUCAAUAUGGGCAACUGGAAACCGAACACAAGCAUGUAUCGUGAUCAGUUCGUCAAUGAUAAUGAUAAUGAAUCCCACAUGAAUGUCAGCGUAUACAACGGGAAGGAUAAUCAUGACAGAUUUGUGAGCAACCAUUCGUCACUGGGAUAUGCUGAGUCGUUCACAAACUCAAGCACUUUAUCUGUUCCGGAAACAGUGGCAUUGCCAAGCAUCCACGAAGAUACUUCCGACGCUGAAAUUAUGCGAGAUGAUGAUGAUACCUCCGAUGAUCACAGCUUCAGUCAUCUCGACAACAGCAAAUCGGAUGGAGAUCUCUCCUUGCCUGGAAAAGACCAGCGCAGCUCGCAGGGUUCGAUCUUCAAAGAGGAGAAGCUUACAUUGCCUGGAUCACUCGAGCAAUUACCUAAGGACAACAACACGAACGAAAAAUAUAAAUCAAUGUGCUCCAUUGAGUCCAAGAGCGAUGAGAAUGAGGAGGACCAACCACCGCAGCGUUCUGCUACAAAACGUUUAGCAAGCACAUCAUCAUUUGGUAUCAGUAAACCGCCAAUGCAAAAAUAUCCAGUCAGCAAGUGGAAGGAUCUCACUAGUCCCUCUCAGCCUGUGGACAGAAUUGAAGCUUUCAAGAAUGCUAAACAACGUGAAAUUGAAUACGACUCGGGUUUGCAAUAUUGGCUUCAAGAGACAUUGAGGUCCACUGAGGUGUCUCCCAACAUGCAUAUUGGUAAGCUUGCCGAACAAGUCUAUCAGAAUGCCACACACACUGAUAUCAGAAGGCAUACUUCGAUGGCCCUCAAUACUACAAGUCUUCGAAACAAGGUGUCUUUGGUCAAAGACAAGAUGGAUACUACGGCAGGUUUUGGUCGUCGUUUCUUGAACAAGGGAAAGAAGUUUAUGAAAUCUUAA